AUUGCAGCAACAUGUCGAUUCUGGCUCGGCUGGUCCCGCUCUUGAUGCCUGCCGCCUCGCGCCCGGAUCCCGCCAGCAAGGUUGUGGAUCUGGAACGCGGCGAGACUGUGCUUGGCCGAGGACCCCUGACGAACCUCGAAGAUCGCCGACUGAGUCGCAAUCACGCCAAGAUCCAGAUCGACCAUGACGGCGCAGCGCACAUCAUGUCGACGCACAAAACGCUGUGCAGCGUGCGUCGUGCAGAUGCCGCGGGCGGAGAUGGCUCGGACGAGCAGUUGCCACUCCACACUUGGGUUUCGCUCAAGCACGGCGAUGUGCUCUUCCUGAUGCCCAACGCCUUUCCAUUCCGCGUGGUCAAUCUGGUGAAAGAGCAGGCCGCUGCUGCCGUCGUCAAGGACGAUGACGGCACGGAUGUCGAGGACGAGGACGACCUGGACGAUCGUGUGCCCGCCAAAUCGACGAACGCUGGCUUGAACAAGCAGCAGCCGGCUCUGGCCGUUCAGCAGUUAGAUGAUGAUGAGGACGACAAUGCAGUUGCGGCUGCUGUCGCUCGCACAAGCUCAAAGCACAAAGCUGCAGCCUCUCCGCCUCCCCAGGAAUUGGAGGAUUUGGACGAUGACAUUCCCGCAAAGCCGAAGGUUUCUCGCUCGCUGCCAUGGGCCGUCGGCAGUGCGGCUGCCAAACCCAAAGCCAAGCCGCGCGCAAAGGCAAGCCUCAAGUCCAUCACCGACCCAGAAGAUGAUGAUGCUGACCAGGACGUUGUCGAGGAGGCUCCACGAAAGUCCAAAAACAAGUUUGUUGUGGAUGACGAUGAUGAUGAUGAGGAAGAGGACCAACCUCCUGCCAGGCCUGUGGCCAAGGCUGCGUCCAGGGCUCCAUCCAAGCCAGCAGCCAACAGCAGCAGCUCGUCUGCCUCGACAAAGUCCGGUUCAACACGAGCAGUUGUCAAUGACGACGAUGGGUUUGACGACGAUGUCGAAGCGGCUCGGGCCGCAGCCGCUCGGAAACCAGCACCAGCGGCCCCCGUCGCUGCCCCAGCUCCUCGAGCGCGCCGUGCUUAUGAUGUGGAAGACGAGGAGGAGGAGGAGGAGCAAGCAGAGACAAGCCGCUCACGCAGCAAACCUGCAGCAACGUCUUCCAAACAAGUUUGCUCCUACGGCAAAGGGUGCUAUCGAAAGAAUGCCGCGCACCUCCAGAAUUAUUCUCACGGCUCCGAUGACGACGAGGAAGCGACAGCUGCCAGCAGCAACAGCCGCAAGAAGCGACGAGCCGACGAGUCGUCGGACGAGGAAGCGCCACCUCAGAAAGCCUCGCGGCAUGCUUCGGCACCCCGUCAGUCUGCCCCUGCAUCUCGCACCACUGACACGGACGAGGACGAGCCUCCGCCAACCAAGAAGCCAAGAAUGGCCGUGCACGAAAGCGACGAGGACGAAUUCCCACCCAGCGUGCCCAGCACAGCGGGAUCAUCGACCCGGGGAGCACCGGCCUCCUCGAAGGCCGUGUCCACUUCCGACAAUUCCGACGCUGACGGCGAGGCGGACGACAGGCCACCGUGCAAGUACGGCGCCAAGUGCUACCAGAAAAACAAGGCGCAUCUGGCCCAGUAUUCGCAUCCUUCCAAAUCCUGAGCUGCACACCGAGGUGUUUUUCUUGAUUUUUGAUUGAAUGCUUGUUCGAUGGAUGGAUGUGUGCAGUGUGCGGGGGUGGUGUUGAGGUUGAAUGAUUGAUUGGGGCCAUUUUGCCCAAAAAGAGUUGUUGGAAAUGUCCACAAUGCAAUUGAUAGCGCGUUG